AACAAGCCGAUUCCCUCCAAAUUUAACUUCCCUUUCCCCAUCCGAGGUUCCUGCUGUACUCCGGAUCACGUUUCGUUACUAACAAUGCUUUAGCUCACUCUCAGAGAUUCUCGACCCUAGCACCCACAUUUCAGUAAUCAGAUCACUGACAAUUAGGCGUAAAUUCAUGGACUGACCGGCUGAACAAUCGGGGAAUGCGGCGGAAGUUGGCGCCACUGAGAUCGUUAAACGGUUGCACAGAAGUGUUGGCCGUCAAGAACAGGAGGAGAAUGGAGUCGAUCCCGAGAAGGAACAAUUUCGGUGAGGAUGAGGAAUUCUGCGGGAGUUGGAACAAGAAGAAAAGGAAGUCGAAGGGGAAGAUGACGCCUCAGUCGAGAAGUUCGAAGAAGCAGGCGAAGGAAAAGCGAGCCAUAAACUUGAAUGAGUGUUAAAGAAUCCAAAAGGUAAUGACACCGCAACAACUUUGGCAGUCCUAAAGAAUCCAAAAGGCAAAUUGUAAGUAUGUCAACGCAACUAUUAGAGAAGAAAAUCCAAAAGUCUAUUAUAGAAGACGGAUGACCAAUAUGGUACAAUGAAUGAGUGUUAGUGUUGAGGGGGAUGUUAAAAGAUUAUCAAUCUUAUGAGUCUAUUAUCUAGAAGUUUUGAAUGUUCUAAAAAGAUUUAGAUAUCUAGAUAUUUUAGAAAUAAAUCUAGACCAUAUUUAAAUACCCUUCCACUCCACCGAGUUUUUCAUCGAAGAAAAGAAAAAUGCAGUAGUAUCCUCUAAAGAGGGUUUUAUAAUCUCUUGGUCUUAAUAAAGAGUAUGCAAUGUGGAUGCUGAGAAGGAAAUAGUGCUCCAUCACCUCCUAAAAAGUGCAGAAAUGGUAUAUAUCAUCCUGCUUUCAAGUGUUACUUUCUUUCUUUCUCUACUUGUGAAAGUUGAACUGUUUCAACUUAAACUUCACAAGUUGUAACCUGCCGAUGUCUAUUUUUGAGCUUAUCAUCUACUUCUCGUGAAUUAUUAUAAGGAUGUAACCUGAAUAAAACACUUGGGUUUAGUGAUUCUGCAGAAAGGCCAAUUCUCGAGCAUCAAAGCAGAUUUCUUCAGGACAGGUUAUUACUAAUUAUGAAUGAUUAAGUUCUUUGAUCUCUCUUCUUGUUCCUAGAGAACCAUGACUUUUAUUUACAUUUACCCCCUUCCUCUCAAACGCUGCCUGCCUUAAUUAUGAUAUUGAACUCUAACAGUUACGUAUUUCUAUUUUACACAACAAUAAACUUUCUUAAAAGGAAGUUUAAAGCUCUAUAACGUCGUUUAAACUUUUACACGUUGUUCUGUGUUGUGGGUUGAAUUUCAGUAUAUUCCCCCAUCUUUUCCUGCCAUUUUCCUGCUUAAUUUUAUUGUGAACGUUUCUUUUUAACUACCGAGAGAAUUAAUUAAUAUGAGAGGUGGAAGAAGCAUGCUAUGCAGAGCUGUUGACCAUAAUUUGAAAAUGCUGCGAACACUUAUGGCUUCAGUGUAUGAUACCUCCUGCAAAUGUGUGCUCAUUUCAAUUAUUCGUUUCACGAUAAUAAUAUUCCUCCAUUUAAGGAUAUGGGAUUUUUAAUAUAUCACUUGGUUCCUUUACUGCUCAUUUAGUUGCUGCUGUCAGUUUAUUACUUCCGUUGACAAGCAAACUUGAAUUGUGGUCGAUUCAUAAUUUACACGAGGAAUUAGAAGUUUUAAACCUUCAUAGUUCUGUAAUGUCUUGGAUUAUAUUAGUGUUGUUCGAUUAAUGCAUCAUUCAUUCUUAUGAAUGGCUUCUUGCAUUUCUAAAUGUUCCAACAUUCAGUGGUAGUUUUCUAUAGGUAUCUUUGGUGUCUAAAGAGAUGAUAAGCCUGAAGAAUAUUGUCCUCAUCACGGGUGUCAGUGCAUCUGUCAUUCAAUCGGGAGCUGUUCUCGAGCAGAUGAUUGGAGAGGCUUUACAAUCUCAUCCGCUAAAAUGGUCAGUAAAACAUUUCCAGGGGUCGAGGAACAAUUUUAUUGGGAAGUGUUGUUCUCUUCAAGAGAGUACAUCAGCCAAAUGUUUAGCGACUAAGGUGAUUGAACUCAUCCCUUUAUCAGACGAUGAUUCUAAAGAUUACAUUAAAGGUGUUGGAGAAUUUGAAUUCAUCGCAUCUGUAAGCACCAGCAACCAAGUUGAAGCUAAGCCUUUUAAUUAUUUUAGAGGACGUUGAUAUCAUUUUUCUUGAGGAUCCUGGUUUUGUUUCUGCAAUUCAAGAGAUUGCUGACACAGGAAAGGGACCCAUAAUUUUGACAAGCAAUAGUAGCAAUUCUGUUCUCCCUAGUACUUUUGGAUAGGCUACAGGACCACCAUCAACGGAGCUACUCAGCCAUUUUAUAUAGGAUUUGUGUUGCUGAAGGAGUCAGCAACCAACCAUUCUUACUUUAAGGUAUUAUUCAUUGUUGUCACAAAGAUAUACGGAAAACCAUUGUGUUUCUUCAGUUCUGGUGCCAGGGUAUAAGAUUUAGAGGUAAUCUGUAAAAGCCACCCACCAUCAGCUUCAGUGACUCCCGUGACUCAAAAAAAAAUUUCUAAAUCAUGGCUUUGUAUUUAUCACUCUGUCCCAUCUCAACCCAUUCCAUUCCAACUCUCCUUCUUUCUCUCUCUCUCUCCCCUAAAAGUAAAAAACUAAAGAUUCUAUAUAACCAACCAACUACCAUCUUCCUAGUGAAAAGGGGUUCAAUUUUUAAGGCAACCAAAGGUGAAAGAGAGGCUUGAAAGAGGUGGGGUUUGAGUUUUACCCUACAAGAAAAGUUGGCUGGCUGGCAGCAAAAGAAGCUUUAAACUGAGCGACAAUGGAAGGGUUUGAGAAGUACGGAAAUAAGAAGAGGGUGAUGGUGGUGGUAGAUCAUACAUCGCAGUCCAAGCAUGCUAUGAUGUGGGCUCUAACCCAUGUGGCCAAUAAUGGUGAUUUCCUCACUCUUCUUCACGUUGUUUCUCACUCAAACAAGCUCCUCUCUGAAACGCCUUCUCAUUCUUCUUCCUCAUCAUUUCUUGCUAACUCUCUUGGCUACCUCUGCAAAGCUUCUAGACCUGAGGUGGAAGUUGAAGCACUGGUGAUACAAGGCCCGAAACUAGAGACAAUUUUGAGCCAAGUGAAGAAGCUUGAGGCAUCUGUUUUGGUGGUGCCCCAGAAAAAGCCUUCUCUGUUUGGAUGCUUCUGUGGGAACAGCAGCUCAGAGCAGCUUGUGGAACAGUGCAUCAGCCAUGCCGAUUGCUGUACAAUUGGAGUUAGAAAACAGAUCAAUGGCAUGGGAGGUUACCUUAUCAACACCAGGUGGCAGAAGAACUUCUGGCUUCUUGCUUAGUUGUCUCUAAUCUUAUCUUAACCCUGUAACUAAACGUUAGAUAAGCUAGAUGACCUUAGAACACUCCAUCAAAGUUGGAAUGAUCCGAACUUCAGAUCUUUCAGUCUUAACAAAAUUUAAUAAUUCAUCCAUUCAGAUGAACUUGAAAA